CGCCCAUUUCACGCGCACAUGGCCUCAUGCCAUCCUGGCGAUUCCUGCUGCUUCUGGAAGCCGCGAACGCGUUCAACGCGGGAACCCCGCCGCGCUAUGGGCUCAACGUUUUGGACGGGAAGAACUAUCCGCACCAUCCAGUGAUGCUUCAAGUUCCACAGCGGAGCUACAAAAUUGAGCCCGGUCUGUUAACAGACCAUUGUGGUUUGAAAGUUCCGCAACAUUUCGACUGCCUGAACCUUUGCAACAAGAGCAAGUGCCAAUCGCUUGGUCCAGCGUACAACUACUACCGCUACGUCCCUUCACGGCGCUUGCUUUGCCACGAACAUCAAGCUUAUGUGGACGCAAGGCUGUCGCAUAGCAUGGUGAAUUUGCCCCUGAUAGAUGAUGAUUAUGGCGAACACGUGGCCGUCUACCAAUCCGUGCUGCGGCACCAAGCGCGCCACGGCGCCUUCCGCGUCGUGGAGCUGGGCGCGCGCUGGGGCACCUGGGGCGCACGCGCCGUGCAGUUCCUGCGCACAGUGAAGCCGCAGCUGCGAUAUGAGGCCUUCUUUGUGGAACCAGCCAAACGCUCAUGCGGCGCCUUGCGACAAGUGAUGAAGCUCAACGAGAUUCGUUUUCAGCUCCUCUGCAAUUACGCGACGCCGGAAGCCCUGCUGAAGAUCAUGGAAGGUCUUGAUUUUGUGGACCUCAUUCACAUCGACAUCCAGUUCGCGGAGAGUACCCUGCUGGCGCACCCAGGUGUGCAAGAGCUGCUGCGUUCGCGUGCGGCACGGAUCAUCGUGGGAAGCCAUUCGCCCCAGAUUCACCAGGAACUGGUCGAGAUGUACAGAGAUUGGAUUCCCAUUUUCAGCCUGCCAUUUGGCUUCGAAGACUGUAUCCUCGAGAUCUUACGCCGCAAAGACGACGAUUUGGGUGCAAGUGCCGCGGAUUGGGCCAUGGUGCGGCAACGCCGAUGUUUCUAUGAAACGCCGCACGGUGGGGUGACGAACUACGAUGGCUUGCUGAUUUUGGCCACACUGGGUGGAUGCCAGCAAAAUCUUCUCAAUGAAUGAUACCGAUCUCCGAAUUGAUGAGUUGAAGCCGCUGCCCGAGAAGGCAUGACAUGCCUUUGGCGCGGCCUUCCGCUCGAGCCGCUCGUUCAGAGUAUGGUCGUCUUCGCGUCAAGAUGACGAGCAACAUCCAGCGGCCCAUGGGUACUACUAAUUGAUUAGAUUGAAUCCGGGCUUUGGAAACCUCCAAAUCUUGGAAACUCAUC